CAACUUGCAGUACCAUAAGCGGCUUCUCUUCUAUCUCCAUCCAUCGGUUGAGCAUCCGGUCUUCUAGCUAAGAUGGAAGCUUUGCCGGCUUUCUCUGUUCCCUCGCUUCACAUUUCAACUUCAACUGCGCCAGAUAUAACCUCAGCGAUCAGAAAACCUAUGUUCCCCAACCUCCACCUCAACUCGACACUCUCUUUACAUGAUAGGAAGAAAUCAAAAGCCAGGUUUUUUACUGCUUUAUCACCUACUGUAUCGACAGAGCUCAGCACCGACCCACCAGUGGAUGACCCAGAAAUUGAAGGCUCAACCCAGAAAUUCGAUUGGUAUUCACAGUGGUACCCUGUAAUGCCGGUGUGCGACCUUGACAAGAAGGCACCGCAUGGCAAGAAGGUGUUGGGUAUUGAUGUGGUCGUGUGGUGGGAUCGAAAUGAGACUGCUUGGAAGGUGUUUGAUGACACAUGUCCUCAUAGACUGGCUCCUUUGUCUGAAGGGCGGAUUGACCAAUGGGGCAGAUUGCAAUGUGUUUACCAUGGCUGGUGUUUUGAUGGCUCUGGAGAUUGCAAGCUCAUUCCUCAGGCACCUCGUGAUGGUCCUCCGAUUCACACAUUUAAAAAAGCAUGCGCAGCUGCUUAUCCAUGUACUGUGCAGAAUGAUAUCUUGUGGUUUUGGCCAAACACGGAUCCUCAGUACAAAGAUAUUAUUACGAGAAAGAAGCCUCCGUACAUUCCAGAACUGGAUGAUCCAUCUUACACUAGAUCAAUGGGAAACAGAGAUAUUCCAUACGGGUAUGAGGUACUGAUAGAGAAUCUCAUGGAUCCUGCCCACGUUCCAUAUGCACAUUAUGGGUUGAUGCGAACUCAACAACCGAAAGAGAAGGCUGAUAGAGAAGGGGGUAGACCCCUCGAACUGUCAAUUGAGACGCUAGACAUCAAUGGUUUCACAGCAGAUCAGGGUUGGAGCAACAGCAAAUUUAUGUCACCAUGUAUUUUUUAUGCUUAUUCUAAGCCAGAUCAGCCUAAUGUCUCAGCGUCAUCAGCGGAUGCUAAGAAAUCACCAAGUCAAAGGAAGUUCGCUUUGAUUUUUGUUUGCAUUCCAGUUAGUCCAGGUAAAAGCAGAUUGAUAUGGAGCUUUCCAAGAAACUUUGGACUCUGGAUUGACAAGGUUGUGCCAAGAUGGUUAUUUCAUGUUGGACAAAACCUGAUUUUAGAUUCUGAUUUAUAUCUUCUUCAUGUUCAGGAACAUAAAAUAAUGGAUGUCGGUCCUUCCAACUGGCAGAAAGCCUGCUUUGUGCCAACAAAGUCAGAUGCUCUUGUGGUUGGUUUCAGGAAGUGGUUGAGAAAGUACUCAGGCGGCCAAGUUGAGUGGAGAGGAAAAUAUAGCGGGUUCCUUCCUCCGAUUCCUCCGAGAGAACAACUAAUGGAUAGGUACUGGUCUCACGUGGUAAACUGUAAGAGCUGCAAAUUAGCUUACAAAAGUUUGAAUGUGGUGGAAGUGGCGCUGCAGAUAAUAUCAGUUGCUUCAGUAGGGCUUGUGGCGGCAAUGAGAGAGGGUAUGUUAUCAGCAGCCGCAAGAAAUUCCCUGGUUGUGAUGGCAGUACUGUCAUUUGCGUUAUCAAGAUGGUUAGCUCACUUCAUCUACAAGAAUUUCCGUUAUCACGACUAUGAUCAUGCCUUCCGCUGAAAAGGAUGCUUCUGGUGACAAAAGCACUUCGCAGAACUACUAAUGCUGCUGUAUAUGCCCGUUGUACAGUAAUGCCUUGUGCGGAAGAACGUUUAGAUAGCGUCGCAUGUGGAAACAAACAAGUAAAUAAGUGCAUCGGCCACUUGUCUGUUUAAAUAUAAAAUCACUAAUGCCUGUGUUUGGGAAGUGUUACAAUGAUAUGUAAUUGUACUUGUUUCUGCAGCGAUAUGUAAUGAAACAGCAUUGCAUAAUCGUGUGUGUUGUGUGGAAACUUGAGGCGGAUGGAUUGUAUACUCAGAUUGUGAACAAGAAAAGGAGUUCGUGAAAUCAUGAGUAAUGAAACAUAUUACUCCAUAUAUUCAUUCCAUCACGCGAACUUUAUGUUGAUACUUGAAAGGUUAUCAUUCUGA